AUGGUUGAAGCGCAAACGGAACAAGGCGAGCAAGACCACGCGUCCAGUCCAACACCAGGGGGACCAGCCAAGAACCGUCGCGGUAUUAUGGAGGAUUAUCUUUACUAUGCUACACCUCCUCGAGCCGGGCUUCCACAAAAGAUUGAGAAUUCCGAGGAACUCAGCACCAAGCCAACGAGGGUUCAUAUCGGGGGGUUCGGCAAUGACGUCUCUAUUCUCACCCAAGCCCAUCGAAAUUUGUUCUGGGUCUUCCCUCCCCCUAACAACGCGGCGUACGAAGUAGAUAGUCACUGCCGCCUGCCACAUUUGCAUCCGCACAUCUACCCAGAAUUCUCGCAAAAUUUAUGGUCAUCCAAGGAAAAUUCUCGUGACAUCGGAGGAGACUUGCACAAUACACUUCAAAGGGGAUCAUCUGAAAGCGUCUUUGACGGGCUCGAAAUGAACGUCAGACCAACACACGGCUUGGGAUUGAGCGACGUCUCGCAGGAAAAGGAACACGAUAACCGCAAUCCUGUUUCUGAUGCCAAUGUCACCGUGCAUGUCAGGGAAGUUAAUUCUCCUGAUUCGGAUCAAAAAUACUCGCCGCAGUAUCCCGUUGGCGGAACACUGGCAGAGGCCAAACGCAGAAUUACGAAUCAUGAUGAAAAGCGCGACAAAAACAUUUUGAAGUCUCCAGAAAAUGAGGUCUACGAUACCCGCGAGUACUUUGACUUGAACUAUCGGCAUAGCAACUUUUCUGGUCAACCUGAUUUCUGCAAACUUUGCAAGACAAACCACGUUCCAAUUCCGGGACCUUCGGGAGAUGGUGUUUGGUCUUUACCAGACUGGUUUCCCGAAAAUGGACAUUUCCAUCCAUGGGAUGCGUGCAGAGCAGUCACGGCUCGUCUGGUCGCAGUUCAGGAAGCAUUGGACAAUACGAAGAACGGCCAUCAAAAGCAUCGUGAUGGAUUCGCAGAAUGGAAUCUUCACUUUCACGAGAAAGGCAGGCACUGGACCACCAAGCACGCACGAGAUUGGGGAGGAUGGUGGAGAUGCAGAGGCGACGAAAACGCUCCAGUGGCUGAAAGACGCUGUACACAUUGCCAUCCUGCACCAAAAUCUUCCAUGGAACUCAAAGACGAGGAACGAGUACAAUUCAAGAUGGCCUCCCAAAAACAAACAACGCCGCUUAAGAUCCAGGAGGAGUAUCUGAAGCAUUAUCUCGAACAUCAUUCCAAGGUGAAAGGUGAAAUUGACAAGAAGGCGGCUUUGGCUAUGCUCCGUAGAGAUGGCAUCCCUCAAAUUUAUGGCAGAGUUUCUACGUAUCAAGAACAACAGGGUCUUAUGGAGCCGCGAAGCAAGUUGGAGACAUCAGCGACGGAACGUGACCUUGGUGGCAGACUCUUGGCCAUCGAUUCGACGCUCAUGUACCAGCAUCCUAAAAAGACGGACACCAGCGAGGAGCAGUUGGCAGAUCUUAUGCCAAUCAAUCACGGUGAUCUUCAUCUACUGUGA